AUGCUUAUACGUCUUCUUUCGCACCUCGGCCCUGUCCUUUCCCUGGGAACGGCCUCUGUAGGAGCCGUGUCUCUAAAGCACAGCAAAAGAGCCACAAGCCCAGCUUCUAUCGGAAUUGGAAAUCCCGUUCUUACUUCGAAGUGGAUUGAAGGCAGUGACUAUGAACAGGUCGUCGAGUUCUUCAUCACCAAUUCAGAUGACAAGAAUUCUCUGACUUGGGACGACGAUUUGGAAGUCAGCGUUGAGUCUUCAUCGCUUGAGACUACCACUCCCGGCACCUUGAUUCGCUUGGGACCGAAGCAAAGCGCUGUUGUCCAAGUCGGUGUCAAGAACAAGGCGGGAGUGAAAGCCGGAACCAAAUGCGAUGCCAAGGCGGUUGUGACAUGGGGCUCGAAAGAGGAUCCUAAGAAGUCGACCAAGGACUUCUCUGGCGAGUGUGGAAUUGGUGAUUACCAGGCUUCGUCAGGCAGCCUCAGCCAUCAUUGGAACCCGGAUUGGUUCAACGACAUCAAAUACGGUAUCUUCAUCCAUUGGGGCCUUUACUCCGUCCCGGCCUUUGGAAACAAGCCAGGACCCAAACAGGAUUAUGCCGAGUGGUAUGGUUUCCGCAUGACUCAACCGGACUUUCCGUCCGAAACCUACCAGUACCACCGCGAGAAAUAUGGCGAGAACUUCAACUACGACGAUUUCGUGUCCAACUUCACCGCCGCCAAGUUUGAUGCGAAUGAAUGGAUGAAUUUGGUUGCCGAUGCGGGAGCGCAGUAUGUCGUACCGGUUACAAAACACCACGAUGGCUGGGCGCUCUUCGACUUCCCAGACUCAGUCAGCAAGCGCUCAACGGUUCACUACGGCCCAAAGCGAGACUUCCUAAAAGAGCUACUCGAUGCUGCCAAAGUCAAUCACCCGAAGAUCCGCCGAGGCACUUACUUCAGCAUGCCAGAAUGGUUUAAUCCAGCUUAUGUCAAGUAUGGCUGGGACCAACAUUACAAGGGAAACUAUUACGGGCGGCCGCCUACCAAUCCUUAUACUCAUAAGAGCAUCGAAUAUACGGGAUACGUGGAAGUCGAUGACUUUCUCGAUGACAUUCAGAACCCACAGAUCGAAGCCCUCUUCUACAAGUAUGAGACCGAGAUCCUGUGGUGUGACAUCGGAGGUCCCAACAAGGCUCCAGAUGUCCUUGCGCCUUGGCUAAACUGGGCUCGUGAUAAGGGCAGGCAAGUCACUUUUAAUGAUCGCUGCGGAGCUGCUGGAGAUUAUAGCACCCCAGAGUAUGCCGGGAUCUCUUUCAAGGCCAGCAAAUUCGAGAGCAACCGUGGCCUCGAUCCUUUCUCAUUCGGAUACAACUUCAUGACAACCGAUGAUGAGUACCUCACGGGCGAGGAAAUCGUCAACACCUUGAUAGACAAUGUUGUCAACAACGGAAACCUCCUGCUGAACAUGGGUCCUAAGCCGGACGGAACCAUUCCGAAGCAGCAACAGCUCAAUCUCCUGGACGCCGGAGCAUGGAUCAAGAGUCACGGUGAGGGAAUCUUCGGCACCAGGUACUGGCCAACUGCCCAGACGUCUGGUCCACUCCGUUUUGCUACGGCGCCAGAUGCAUUUUACAUCCACCAUGUUGGCAAGCCGUCAUCCCCACUCGUCAUCAAAGAGCCUGUGCCUUGGGUCGAGGGAGAUAAGGUGACUGCUAUAGGCGGCAGUGCCGAUGGCACAGUGCUUGACGUCGCCCAAAAGGACGGAUCGUUUGUGGUACAGCUGCCCGACAAGGUCAUUCAAGGAGACAAGUACAUCUGGACCAUCAAGAUUGAGUACAAAACUGGCAACUAA